AUGGACACUAAGCCAAUAUUCGUUGUCACUCAAGCAUUCUCCAAGCAAGGCAUCAGCAUUAUUAACACUCUUUUGAAAGAGGGAAAGUACCAGUUGCGUGCCUUGUCAACUCGUCCAGUCGAUAGCCCACCACUCCAAAAGUUGGCUGAUAAGGGCGUCCAAGUGGUCCAAGUUGAUCUCAAUAACAAGCAAGACCUGGUCAAUGCCUACAAGGGUGCAUACGGUGCAUUCUUGAUGACACCAUCAAUUCAAUACACAGACCCAGACUACUUCCAGAAGGAGAUUGACACCAUUAUCAUCCAGGCCGAUGCAGCACUUGAGGCUGGCGUUCACCACGUCGUCUUCUCCACUGUCGACUCUGCCGUGCACAAGAACCCAGCACUCAAGGAGGACUUCAAGUAUGAUAUCCUGGCAUGCAGAAACAAGGCUCAGGUCUACCUUGAGUCCCUGGCCAUCCCAGUCGUCAGCUCAUUCUUGUUGGCCUUCUUCCACUCCAACUUUAUUGAGUUUGUUCCACCCGUCAAGCUCGAGGAUGGCAGCUUCCUCUUCCCAAUGCCCGUCGGCGAGAAUGUCUCCUUGCCACAUGUUGACACCUACACUGCCACUGGUCCCCUCGUGUCUGCCUUCCUGGCCGAGCCACAGAGAUUCAACAGAGUGGCCGUUCCAUUGUACUCUGAGUUCUUGACUGGAGAAGAGAUCGCAGCCAUCUUUGAGAAGGUCACCGGUAUCAAGUCAAAGUUCGUGCCACAGACUAGAGAGCAAUACCUGAAGCACAAUGGAUUCGAUGAGGUGCCUGAGCUCAGCCUGUUGGGCAACCGUCUGUUUGAGAUCUGGGAUUCGACUGCCAAACAUGGAUACUACUACAAGGAGCGUGACCUCACCCUUGCCUCCAAGUUGCUGGGCAGCUCAUUGUUGACCUAUGAGCAGUUCCUUCGCUCCACCGGAUGGGCUGGCGAGUCCUAUGCUGAGUUCCGUGAGAAGAACAACUACUAA